GCUCAUUCUUCUCCACACAAACUCAACUAUCUCACCCAUUCUCUCUAUCUCUCUCACAAGAAACAACAAUGGCAAAACUAUAUCAAACUCUCUUUCUAAUCCUCUCAAUCUCCUACUUCUUCUCGCUGGAGCUCACCGCAGCCUCACCUGCCGGAGCUUCCAACAAAGCAGUGAACUUCAUCCAAUCCUCUUGCAAAACCACCACAUACCCAAACGUGUGCUUCCGUUCCUUAUCCGCCUACGCAAACGCCAUCCAAACAAGCCCUCAACGCUUAGCCGAGACCGCUCUAGCCGUUACCCUAAGCCGAGUCCAAUCCACGAAGCUCUUUGUCUCGCGUCUGACGCGUUUCAAGACCCUUAAGAAGCGUGAGGUUGAAGCCGUCAAGGACUGCGUCGAGGAGAUCAAUGAUACCAUCGAACGUUUGACCAAGUCGGUCCAAGAGAUGAAGCUAUGUGCUAGUGCCAAGAAUCAAGAACAGUUUGCGUUCCACAUGAGUAAUGCUCAGACUUGGACUAGUGCUGCUUUGACUGAUGAGAACACUUGCUCCGAUGGGUUCUCGGGUCGAUUUAUGGAUGGACGGAUCAAGAACUCGGUUCGGGCUAGAAUCGUUAACAUGGGCCAGGAAACCAGCAACGCAUUGUCCUUGAUUAAUGCAUAUGGUAAAAAGUACUAAUUUUCAAAUUAGUACUUAAGAAAUGUUUUAUUUCAUGUACCAUCUCAAAUAUAUAUAUAUAUAUAUAAAUAGUAAUGUAUGGCUAAGAGUUUAAUGUGAUAUAUAUUAUAUAUGUCGAUUUUGUUAGAUUAUUUUCUUAUGUGUUCAAGUGUAUUUUGAGCUAUGCAAGUUGAAGCAGAUGUGCUUUUUAUUUUA